UUCGUGAUCGAAAACUAAAAAAAGGAAAAAAUAACAAACGCAGCAGAUAACAAAACUCAACGAAAAUGAAAUUUUUCUUUAUCUAAAAAACAAAGGUGCCAGGCGUGGCCAUGAGACAUUGAUAUACUGUGGCAGAAACUGAGACAGAAGCUGUGCGAGUAUUUUUCGCGAUCCUUGUUAACAAUUUUGUUACCAAAGCCAGCGCAGGAUUGGUAAAUAAAAAUAAUUUAACCGACCAGGAACUGGAAUGAUUCGGCCGACCAUAUUCUGAACGCGGAAAGAAAACUGCAACUUAAUUUCACUGUUCCGUUUAUCUUUCGUCUCCCAUUUUUCACUUAAAUUCUUUCGCUUUUCUGUUUUACUUUUUUGAAGCCCGCACCUGACAAACAGAGUCAAUCUGCUCCGCUCAUACUAUUUCCCUUUGAUAUAAUGAAACGCAAUCCAAAGAUAAACACCAAGAUACCACAAGUGAGAAAAACAACAAAAUAGCAAUGGAUUAGCGCUCGACCCCCUUUCAUUUAAGUUCGCUCAUUAAUUUUGAACUGAAUGCUGUGCAUUUUUUGAACAUAAUUCUUCGACAUCAACUAUCAUUUUGUAAAAAAAAAAUUAGCAAUUGAUUAAACUACCAACACAUCAUACUGUGAUUUCAAAAAUAUUUAUGGUCAUUAUUUCUCUUGAGGCGCUCAGUUAAUUACAAAUUUUAGAAAAAAAGACAAAGCGAUCUGAAUUAUUUUGUUUUCCACUCCAGAUAUCGGCUCCAGAAGACUGAAAAACCAUCCAUUGAUGGCAUUCAGCUUACACGCAUACAUCUUACGACACAGCCUGAUGCCACACGCUUAGCGUAGUCAGUCAGUCGUGUAGAAUUCAAUUAAAUUCAUCUGCUAAGUUGAAUCUACAGCUGCGAAGAAAGAAACGACGCAUCUCAUUUCGGGACACAAUUAUCAGAAAUUGUUCACUGUGAGAAACUUUGCCAUUACUCGUCCCUCAUGAUUCAAACGAACGUUCUCCUGCGAGCUCGUUUCUAUGGGAUCAUCAGUAUUUGAUUAAUGCUACGCUACAUAUUCAAGUGUAACAUAACAUAGCUCAAAUUUUUCGCCGCCGAAUGCUGCCUGCAGUUUAGUCUGGGUCGCAAGCGCCGAAGUCAAAUCUCCAAUAUCUUAGGCUGCCUUAUCGUCCGCUUCUCUUAAACUUAGAUCAGAAAAACUCAAAAACGUCAAUUUACUAAAUAUGAAUACGAACGGACUUGAUCAUCACAUGACUGGAUCCGAUGCGGCAGAGAAUUCAGAAAACCACCUCAAGGGUUCUUCAGAUGCAGAAAACGAGACAGAGUCGUUAACGAAUCAUCAUCCCGCCAAAACGAAACUGAGCGAAGAGAACAACUCAAAUCUUACAGCAUCAAAAUUGGAAUCCCAACCUGAGCCGGAAACCGAUUCAGAAUCUUCAGGCAGUGAAUCCAGUGACUCAAGUGAGUUCGAGGACCCCGAUGACCUGUUGACAAAGUUGCGCAAAUCCUCGGAAGCCGCGCAUACUUUGUAUCUACUACAACCUAUUAGAGAUGCCUUAGCACAAGUAGAACUUCAAGAGGCUGACGUUGUGAUUGCUGGAUUCCCUAAAAGUGGUACCAAUUGGGUCGAGCAGAUCUGCCAUCAGAUCAGAACCAAGGGGACAGACGAAGACUUCGAGGAGCUGACAGACGAAGUGCCUCUACUACAACUAUUCAGCAUUCCCUUGGGAUACGAUCUGAAUGCACCCCAGAAAGGGGAUUACAAGCUGUUCAAGACGCAUGACAUAAUCACCCACCUGCCUUCGGGUGCUGAGAAAAGCAAGAUUCUACUCACCCUACGCAACCCACACAACACUCUCUGUUCAUACUAUAAAUGGGAGCCGGUGUUCACCGGAUACGACCCACGCAGGGAGCUCACAAUGGAGCAGUUUUUCCAGUACAAGUUCAAUUACAACCAGACCCUCGUGCCAUUGACAUACUGGCAGUUCUUGCAACACUGGUUGCAACACAUACACUCCAUGCCAUCAACAUCAUCAUCAUCAGUCGCAGAUUCAGAACAAAAACCAGCCCAAGAGAAUCAUAAUUCAAACACGGUGCUUUCCAAUAUGGAACGAAAAAAUCAAAACGAGGAAGAUAACGAUGCCAAGCAGAUUGUUCCGAGAGGGGAUGGUAAAGUGAAUGGCACAAGCUUUGCAACAUGUACCUCCGAUGCUAUGCUGCAACGAGAUUCCGAAGCAGAUCAUCUGACGACUGCUGAUCUAAGUAGCAAGAUGCUUCAAAGGAGUAACUGCCUCGUCGUUUUCUAUGAGGAUCUGUGCGAGGACUUCGAAACAGUUGCCGAGCACAUGAGGAGCUUCCUUGGAACCCCUCUCAGUCAAACCGAGAAAGAACGGGUGCGACAACUGAGUAGCUUUGAAUACAUGAAGCAAAACGAGAGUAAGUUCGACUUACACGGAUUGCGUAAUCGGAUAGCAGAGCUUGCAGACGACAACGAUUACUACUUAGAAAAGACAGAAACGCCAUCUUUUUUAAACCAAGGUGCCAAAAGAAAAGGAGUUGAUGAGAUACCACAGAGUUUGUUAGAUACAAUGGAAGAAGAGUGGAAUAAACAUAUCACCAGUCAAUUCGGCUAUCGGGAUUACCAGCAUAUGCGAGAGUCACUCUCAAUUUUAUCUCAAAACCACCCGCCAAACGAUCCAGCUACAGCCGCAAAUACGGGAGAGUAACAGCAUUUUAUCAUUAAAUUCGGAAAGCGAGUACAGCUGAACAAAUGUUCAUAGUUGUCUUAUAAGCAGACAGUUUGAAACUGUACAUAUUUAUACAGCACGCACCAACUGCUAAAAUAUAUUCAAUUUAUUCUAGAAUCUGUAGUAGACAAUUAAUUCAAUUUCUAUCAUUC